AUGCCAACAGAAUACGUUGAUGAUCCCGAAAUUGGUUAGUUUUAGUUGAGAUGUUAUUGUUAGUGCUUAAUUUCAAGAUGAAGAAGAUGAUGGAUCUACUACAACCCCCUCUGUCACUGUUUCCACAAAUCAAAGUAGCAUCACAUCCUCUUCCACCACUACGAAAGCUAGUUUAACCUUAAAACGAGUAUGCCCUGAUUCAUCUUGGACAUUAUUUGAUCGUGGAACUUAUGGCUGGUGUGUUCUAGUGCUUGCCACUAAACUCACAAUGCUUGACUAUUCAGCAGAAUGUCAGAAAUACAGUUCGAAUGCAGUUGUAAGUGGAUUGCAAAAUCAAAAUGAACUCACAACAAUUUCCGAAUUGGCCAAAAAAAUAGAUCCCUCAAUUGUUGAAAUAUCGGUUGGAUUAAGAGUCGAUGUGUUUUGUUCUAGUGUGCCAUGGCAGCCAGAACUUCCGAUUUAUUGCGAACUUGACAGAUUGUUAUGGACAGAUGAUCAUACAACUGGAACUGAUGGUCUAAUAUGGGCUGCUGGCCAACCGCUGAUUCCACAAAUAGAAUCACCUCAGAGAGCAGUUCUUCUUGUGCAGGAAGAUGAAUUGGAAGUAUUUGAUAUAACUGGAACUCCUGAUGGAACUGUUUGUGGUGUCGAAGCGAAAGAAGAAUAUGUUUGA